AGUAAAUUAUCCCUGAGGAAGGACAAGUAUCACUUGACAGAAAUGCCAUGGGUGCUAUUUUCAGUUUUUAUAUGUGCACUCAUAAUAGUUCUCUUUUACUACCCUCGUUGCAGACGGGAAAAUGAGCCUCCUUUGGACAAAGGUUUCAUCCCUUGGUUGGGACAUGCACUCGCAUUCCAAAAGGAUGUUGCAAAGUUUUUGUCGCGUAUGAAAGAGAAACAUGGAGAUGUGUUUACUCUGUGUGUUGCGGGCCAUUACGUGACUGUGCUGAUGGAUCCGCACUCUUUCGAUGAAGUAUUAAAUGACGACGUCCAUCUGGAUUUCAGCCACAGCAGACAGCAGCUUAUAAAAAGAGUUUUCGGUUUGCAGCUGCCAGGCAUCGAGCCCGCCGCAGAGAAGAAGUUCAUGGAAGCUUGGUGUUUGACCUGUAGGCAUUUUCGAGGUGUCUGUCUGUCGGAGAUGGAUCGUUUAAUGAGUGCUCACCUUCAGGAGAUCCUGUUGGAAGAUCUUUACAGCCAAUCACAAUGGAAACAAGAAGGACUCUUCAGCCUAUGUUACAGACUGCUGUUCAGAGCUGGCUACCUCACACUGUUUGAGAGCACAAAGGAUGUCGCUGCAGUCUACAAAGAAUUCCGCAAGUUCGACCACCUUCUCUCCAAACUGGCUCGCCGGUCACUUAAAGGCGAGGAGAGCGAGAAAGUGCAUUCAUCGCGGGAGCGACUGUGGCAGUUGCUGUCGUUGAACAACAAGCACAGUGGAGACUCCAAGUGGAGAUCCUGGCAGCGGAGCUACCAGGGCUUCCUCCAGGAACAGGGAGUGGAUGCUGAGAUGCAGAGGAGGGCUCUUUUGCUGCAGCUGUGGACCACUCAGUGUAAUGCAGGACCAGCAGCCUUUUGGCUCCUUGGCUUCCUUCUCACUCAUCCUAAGGCAAUGGAGGAGGUCCAGACAGAGAUAAAAGGCCUUUCUCUACAGGGCAGCUCCUCGCAGUGCUCACCUAGCAUGGUUCAAAUGAAGAAGACACCUGUCUUAGACAGUGUACUGAAAGAGACUCUGAGACUCACUGCUGCUGCAAUGAUCAGUAGAGAUGUGGUACAACACAAGGUCCUGCACAUGGCCAACGGGCAAGAGUACUACCUCAGACGGGGGGACAAAGUGUGUCUCUUUCCCUUCCUGAGCCCACAAAUGGACCCAGAGAUACACCAAGAACCACAUACUUUCAAGUACGACCGCUUUUUAAAUGCGGACCUGACAGCCCGUGAUGAUUUCUACAAGGAUGGCAGAAGGCUGAAGUACUUUACCAUGCCCUGGGGUGCGGGGAGCAAUGUCUGCGUGGGGAAAGACUUUGCAAUGACAAUUAUUAAAAAAUUUGUGCUCUUGAUGCUGACCCAUGUGGAGCUGAAAAUAUGUGACCGAGAAGCCCAACUACCACCAGUCAAUUCGAGCCGCUACGGUUUCGGGAUGCUCCAGCCGGAUGGAGAUCUACAAGUCUGCUACAGACUGAAAACAAUGACUUAAACUUAAUUUAAUCAAUUAAUAUUUUAUUUAUAUGUGUAUAUUUAUUUAUUCUUCAGUUACACUUGUACAUAGAGAUGUUUUUUUUUUUUUUUUUUAUAUAUAUAUUGCAUUAUUGUUUAAUUUCAAGAUAUGUUUGACCUAUUCAGAUCAUGGAAAAACCACAAUAUCAUUAAAACAAAAAAACAAAUUCAUUCUUGAUGACAAUCCUGUCUCUUAUUCAACAGCUCCACAUUUGAAGAGAUUAAUUUUUCUACAUUGUACUCCAUUAGAAAAAUUUAAAGUAAAUCUCCGACAUUUUCAAUGCAAAGGUUGAUUUGCUUUGCACAUGAACUUGUUGCAAUAAAACCAUAUUACCAUUAA